AAAUGUUGGUUACAGACGACAUGUUUUCUCUCUGGCCAGAAGUUUGAUGGCAAAUCCUCCCUCUUCACGUAGGCAAUCCAACAAAACAACCUGUGGUGGAUCAUGAAUUUGAAAGAUGUUGGGAAGAAGCUGAUUGUUAAAGAAGAAGCUUCUCUAGACCACAGACCUCAUGCCAACCUGCAGGACCCAAAGCCCCCCCACAUAAAGGAGGAACAGAAGGGAGUCUACAUCAGUCUGCAAGGAGAGCAGCUCAAUGGGAAGGAGGUGAUUAAUGCCAUCAGGUUUUCAGUCGCUCCUCCUCCCAUAAAUACUCUGGAUGAUGAACAGUCUCUGCUGCGCUCACAGGUUUAUCCAGACCAAAUUAAAGGUAGAGAGUUUCCAGAAGAGAACGAUGGAGACACCAGGAUACAAGAUCAUGAAGAUGCUUCAAUUUUUUUAGAGACUGAAGACACUGAUGAGGAUGAAGAGGACAGUGAUGUAGAGCACCCUCUCUCUGAGCUGAAGCACUUGUCAGACUCUGGAUAUAAGAAAUGUUAUACAGAGAAGAAAACAUGUAGGAAAGACCACACAAGAGUGAAGCUUAGCUGCAAAGACUGUGGCAAAACAUUUACGGGAAAAUCGACUUUAAACACACACAUGAGAAUCCAUGCAGGACAGAAGCCUUUCUGUUGUGACCUAUGUGGACAAAGAUUUAGUCAAAAAGGAAAUUUAAAAAGACACAUGAGAAUCCAUACAGGACAGAAGCCUUUCUGUUGUAAUCUGUGUGAACAAAGCUUUAGUCAAAAAUCACAUUUAAACAGACACACGAGAAUCCAUACAGGAAAGAAGCCUUUCUGUUGUGAGUUUUGUGAACAAAGAUUUACCCGCAAAUCAUAUUUAAACAUUCACAUGAGAAUCCACACAGGACCAAAGCCUUUCCGUUGUAAGCUAUGUGAACACAGAUUUACCAGCAAAUCACAUUUAAACAUUCACAUGAGAAUCCACACAGGACUGAAGCCUUUCUGUUGUAAGCUAUGUGAACACAGAUUUACCCGCAAAUCACAUUUAAACAGUCACAUGAGAAUCCACACAGGACAGAAGCCUUUCGGUUGUGAUCUAUGUGGAAAAAGCUUUAGGCAAAAAUCCCAUGUAAACAUACACACAAGAGUCCAUACAGGACAGAAGCCUUUCUGUUGUGAUCUAUGUGGACAAAGUUUUAGUCAAAAAGCAAAUUUAAACACGCACAUGAGAGUCCAUGCAGAACAGAAGCCUUUCUGUUGUGAGCUAUGUAAACAAAGAUUUACCCGCAAGUCACAUUUAAACAUACACAUGACAGUCCAUACAGGCCAGAAGCCUUUCUGUUGUGAUCUAUGUGGAAAUAGAUUUAGCCACAUGUGCGCCAAGUACGUCAUUAAGACCUCCCCCACACGCAUCCCGCAAGGUCGUAGGUUAUGUGUCGUCAUAGUCGCCAUCUUGGGAAGGCAGAUAACUAAUUACAAGCCUAAAGCCCCCCACUCCAUGAACGACCGACACUUAGCCAACGACCUGAACAACUUCUACUGUCGUUUCAACAAAGGGACAGUCCUGCAUCCACCCCCCACGUCACCACCCAACAGAUCACCUUCACCUCCUCCUCAGUGA